CAACAACAGCUACAACAGCAGCUACAACAACAGCUACAACAACAGCAGCAGCGACAACAACAACAGCUACAACAACAGCUACAACAGCAGCAGCUCCAACAGCAGCAGCAAAUACAACAGCAGCAGCAGCUACAACAACAACAGCAGCUACAACAGCAGCAGCUACAACAACAACAGCAGCAGCUACAACAACAGCAGCAGCAGCAGCCACAACAACAACAGCAGUAACAGCUACAACAACAACAGCAGCUACAACAACAACAACAGCAGCAGCUACAACAACAGCAGCAGCUACAACAACAACAGCAGCUACAACAACAACAGCAGCAGCAGCUACAACAACAGCAGCAGCAGCUACAACAACAGCAGCAGCUACAACAACCAGCUACAACAGCAGCAGCUACAACAACAGCAGCUACUACAAGAAUAACAGCAGCUAUAACAACAACAGCAGCAGCAGCUACAACAACAGCAGCUACUACAAGAAUAACAGCAGCUAUACAACAGCAGCAGCUACAACAGCAGCAGGUACAACAACAACAACAGCAGCUACAACAACAACAGCAGCAGCUACAACAACAGCAGCUACAAUAA